AAUAUUUUUUUAUAUAAUACAUUUUAGAUGCAAAUUACGUUUGUUAAUCUGUCCAAGUCAUCCUUGUAUAUAUGUCUAUAGCGCUUUGACUCAACCACACCCCACCCAUGACUUUUUUUAAACAAAUCACCGAAAUAAUAACAAAUAAUUAGUUUAUAUAUACAUAUACUUCUAUAUAUAUACACAAUAUAAGAGGCAAUUUUCAUAGUGUAAGAAUAUUUAAGAAGAAAAAGAAAAAUAAUGGAAACCUCUGAACAAAACAUUAAGAGCCCAGCAGAACAAGGAAUAGGAGCUCAAGAUGAUAAUAAUAAUUAUUCUAAAAAUGGAGGCUGGAUUACCUUUCCCUUCAUCAUGGGAAAUUUAGGGGGUCUUUCAGUAGCAGCUGGUGGGUGGGGUGCUAACUGGAUUGUAUUUCUGAUAACAAAGUUCAACAUUGGGAGUAUAUCUGCUACUAAGAUCAACAAUGUCGGCUUUGCUUUCAUCUGUCUUUUUCCGAUCGUUGGCGCCAUCAUUGCCGACUCCUUUGCCGGAAACUUCAUCGUCAUAGCCAUCUCUUCUAUGAUCGCUUUGCUGGGGAUGACAUUAUUAACUCUUAUAGUUGGAAUCCCUUCGUUGAUGCCCAUACCGUGUUUGAAUGGCUCUUCGAGUAUUAUUCCAUGUGAUAGCCCAUCAAAUGGUCAAUAUUUGAUUCUUUAUACAGCCAUGGGGUUAAUUACAAUGGGAAUUGGUGGCUCUCGUUUUACGAUAGCAACCAUGGGAGCUGACCAAUUUGAGAAAAACAACCACCAAGCAAGCUUUUUUAGUUGGUAUUUCAUUGUGCUGUACGUGGGAAAUGCUAUCAGCUACAUUGUUUUGGUGUACCUAAUGGAUAACAUUAGUUGGGAAUUAGGGUUUGGGAUUUGUCUUGCCAUGACAGCACUUGGACUAAUUUCGUUUUUGCUUGGAAAGAAUUUCUAUCGAUUCGUUAAGCCUAAGGGAAGCCCAUUUGUGAGCAUGGCUAGAGUUGUCGUUGCAGCUAUUCGGAAUAGAAAAUUGUCACUAAGUGAUCGUGCUUUAACAAAUACAUCGGGUAUCAUUGUUCACACAAAAUCACCAAGUAAACGUUUCAGACUCUUGAAUAAGGCUUGCUUGGUUACCCAAAACGAGGAACAAAUUAAUAGUGGUAGCACAAAAUCAUGGAAACUAUGCACAGUUGAAGAAGUAGAAGACCUUAAAAGAGUAAUCAAACUCAUUCCGUUAUGGUCAACCGGCAUUCUCUUAACCACUACCAUUGCUUUGUUCAAUGGCUUAUCAACAAUCCAAGCCCUAGCCAUGGACAGGGAAGUGGGCUCCAUUAAAAUCCCAGCUGGAACAUUUCUAGCCUUUACUCUUGUAACAACUGCCAUCUCAAUCUUCAUCGUCGACCGUUACCUACUUGACAUGUGGCAAAAAUUAAGCGGUCGAUCGCUAUCUCCACUUCAAAAAAUAGGAAUCGGACACAUCUUCAACAUAUUAGGUAUGGUGGCAACUGCAAUAACGGAAGCAAAACGACUCCACUUGGCACAAGCUAACCCUGCCACGUCAGUCGUGUCCAUGUCAGCCUUAUGGCUCGUGCCAUGUUUAGUGAUUGUGGGAAUAGGUGAGGCAUUCCAUUUUCCUGGCCAAGUUGCGUUAUAUUAUCAAGAAUUUCCUGAUUCAUUAAAAACUACUUCAACAGCUAUGGUAUCACUUUUAAUUGGAUUAGGAUAUUAUCUUAGUGUGGUUUUCACUGAUUUUAUAGAUAAUACUACUGGUUGGUUACCUAAUAACAUAAACAUUGGCAGAGUAGAUUGUGUGUAUUGGUUGUUUGUGGUGAUUGGAGUCUUGAAUUUCGGAUAUUAUUUGGUCUGUGCUAAAUUAUAUGAGUACCAACUCUAAUUAUAUUGUUCAUAAGUAAUAGUUUUUGACAAA